AGUGAAUGGAAGCACUCACAGUGACGCGCAGUGCUGGUGAACGGUCUUGAACGGUUCUGAAAGCCACGGGUCCUCCCUCCUGCCUUUCACAUGAUCCGUAAGCUUUUAGAGAGGAGAGCCUGGAAUGUGGAAAGGAGCGAUAACAACGAUGGCUGAGUGGACUACAUCAUGUUUAUUUUACGCGGUGGUCAUAGUCGUGACAUAUAUCCAGUCCAGUUAUGGGGUCCCUUGGACCCAGGAAAAGCUGCAGCACAGAGCCACCAUGCUAACUCAAGAAGAGAUUCAGAUAGCUCUUUCUCACACUAACCUGGAUCAGAUGUGGCAGAGGGAUUUGAGACCGCUCCUUGUCAUCAGGUACCCAGGAUCUCCAGGAAGCCAGGCUGUGCAGGAGCACAUCAAAACAACCCUGAGUUCUCUGAGUGCAGGAUGGGAAGUGACAGAAGACAGAUUUAUGUCUCAGACUCCAUAUGGCCCCCUGCCCUUCACUAACAUCAUCGCCACGCUCAACCCUUCAGCCAAACGCCGCCUGGUGUUGGCCUGUCACUAUGACUCCAAGUACUACCCCCCACAGUUUCAUGGCAGGGAGUUCCAGGGUGCCACAGACUCUGCUGUGCCCUGUGCCAUGAUGCUCGAAUUGGCACGGGCCUUGGAUGAGGAACUCAAAGCUCAGAAGAGCUCCAACCCCAACCUGACACUGCAGCUGCUCUUCUUUGAUGGAGAAGAGGCUCUGUUCCAGUGGACAGCCACUGACUCUCUGUAUGGCUCUCGACACCUCGCCGAAAAGAUGGAAUCUACUCCUCACCCUGCUGGAGCCACUGGGACCAACCUUCUACAUGGCAUGGAUUUGUUUGUGCUGUUGGACCUGAUUGGUGCCCCAAGUCCUCGCUUUGGCAACCAGUUCUCCAGCACAUUACGUUGGCUCACCAGACUCCAAAACAUAGAACGCCGUCUUCACUCUAUGAACCAACUCAUGGAUCAUCCAAAUGACAUUCAAUAUUUCUGGCCAAAUGUUCCUGUGGGCAGUGUUCAAGAUGACCACAUACCAUUCCUAAUUAGAGGUGUGCAGAUUCUCCACCUCAUUCCCUCUCCAUUCCCAUCUGUCUGGCACACAUUUGAUGACAAUGAGCAGAAUUUGGAUCGUGCCUCCAUUCAAAACCUCAAUAAGAUAAUUCAAGUCUUUGUACUUGAGUACCUCAAUGCCAAACCAGCAGUCGCUUCAAACCCAUCAAAUGCCCCAUGAAAAUAGUACUAUAGUAGAAAAUAUAUUACAUUAUAUUAUAUAUUACCUUUGAACAAGAUCAUCAGCAACAACAUUGAUAGGCUAUACAGUUGUAGUUAAAUGUAUGUUAAGUCAAAUACUUUAAGUAACUCAAAAGUCAAAUUUUUCCUCCUGGGAGCUUCAGUCACCAUCAUUCAGAUCAGCACACAAGAUCCUCUGUGUUACAGCUACACUGCCUUCUUUAUAGUCCCUUUUAAUGCUUAGACUAGAAAUCUAGAGUCAAUGUUUAUAUUCCAGCCCUAUAUUAGGAAGCAUGCUUCAUAUAAGAUCUGUUAACAUUUAGUUUAGUUUGGCUUUAAAUAUUUGUAUUCAGUAUACUAAGUAUUUAUGCAUACUUUUUAUUUUCUUGAUCCAGUAAAUGCAUUAUAUUCUCAGUUAUUCACAAACAACAUGACUAAUCACAUAUCUCUCACAUAUCUCAGUCUCAUCAGAAGUAGUAUUAGACUUUCAAGUACUGGUAUUUGUGUAUACUGCCAAAAUUAUAAUAUUUUGAUUUUAAUGUGGGAGCCAACAUAGUAUAUUGUGCUAAAGCUAUACUUCCUGUAUUUUGACUCUACAAUAAAUGUUGAUUC